AUGGGUAACACCGACAGCGCGGUGGCCAGUGGCGUCAAGAAGCAAGCUGGACCAACCACACAGGAUGUCUACAAAUUCGUCGACAUCAAAGGUGGCGGAGAACUGGUGGAAAUGAUGAAGGUGGCGUCCAAGACGAAGAACUACACGGAGGUUGACGACUUUAUUCAGAAUCGCGUGGUCAAUUACCUCUACAACGGCGGACAGGGUCGACUCAUUCCGACUGACCAUCUGGUCUUGUUGCGAAAUCGCGACAGGCCCAAGCAGAAACUGCUGGAAGCCAAUCGCCGUGUGAUGGACGAAAAUGGCGAGUUUCCGCCGCUGGAGCUGGAGGACGAGGACCCCACUCUAGAUUGGCAAAACUACGACAAGCAAAAGUAUCGUUUUUGCUGCUUCAAGCUAGAGGAGACGGGCGCAGUCAACGAGGGCAUCCUGCUACUAUGUAUGCUGAACGCCACCUCCAUCCACAACGAGCUGGCUAAGCGGCUGCUGCACUUCUUUCCGCGCCUCAUCAAUGACAUCUACAUGGCGGACGAGUACUACGGCGAAAACGUCCUACACAUUGCCAUUGUCAACGAGGAUCCGGCUAUGGUGAAGUACAUGCUGAAUUACGGCGUGGACGUGCAUGAGCGCUGCUUCGGUAACUUCAUGUGCCCUGAGGACCAGAAGAGCUCGCGUACGGACGUGCUGGGCACCGAGAUCGUGCAAGUCGCCGCCAACACGAAUUACAAGGGGUACGUCUACUGGGGGGAGUAUCCCCUAUCCUUCGCGGCCUGUCUGGGUCAAGAGGAGUGCUACAGGCUUAUUCUGGCUAGAGGGGCGGACCCAGACACCCAGGACACCAACGGUAACACCACGGCGCAUAUGCUGGUCAUUUACGACAAAAUGUCCAUGUUCGACUUGGUGUACGAGUGCGGAGCCAGGAUCGACAUGGUCAACCGUCUGGGCAUGACGCCGCUGACGCUGGCGGCGAAGCUGGCCAAGAAGGACAUCUUUUUCCACAUCCUGAAGGUGCAGCGUGAGAUCUACUGGCAGAUUGGCCACAUUACCUGUGCCGCCCAUCCGCUGCCUGGCCUCGACUCCAUCGACAUGGAGACGGGGAAGAUUGACCGGAACUCGGCGCUGAAUCUCAUCGCAUUCGGGGAGAACCUUGAUCACCUGGAUAUGCUGGACGGUGUGAUCGUCGACCUGCUCGUGGCCAAGUGGAACGCAUUCGUUAAGACAAAGUUCAAGCGCAUGAUGAUCCUAUUCGGCGUCUACUUCCUGCUGAACCUAGCCUGCUUCACGCUGCGGCCCGGGCCGUGCAUGACAGGCGUCCACAAAGUAAAGAAACCCAGCCGCCUCUCGCCCGGUCUGGCCCAAACCGAGCCUCCCGGGACACCACCGCCUGCCCUCACCAACACCUCUGAUCACGACCUGGCGUUGCCCGACCAUCUGCUGCGUGGCACCGCGACUACCGACCUCAGCACGCCAGCCCAGAGCGCGACUCCGACACUCCGAAACGAGACGAACGCCACCGACUGUGGCUGUACGCUCUGGAUGUACAGCGGACCCUGGGACGCCGUGCGCUGGACGCUCGAGGCGCUGGUUCUCGUCGGUACCAUUGCCUACGUCCUUAACGCCCUCAACGAGGCCCGCUUCCUCGGCCUCAGCAUGUUUAUCGAGAACCUGACGACGGUGCCAUCGCGCGUCAUCUUCCUGCUGUCGUGCCUGCUGAAGCUGGCGAUGGUCGUGUUGCGGCUGGCCUGUCUGCAGGCGGCCGAAGACGUGCUGGCUGUGCUCGUCAUGCUCGGCACGGCGCCCUACUUCCUUUUCUUCUGUCGUGGCUACAAGUCAGUUGGCCCGUUCGUCACCAUGAUUUACAAGAUGAUCGUCGGCGACCUGCUCCGCUUCGUCACCAUCUACACCGUGUUCGUCAUGGGCUUCUCGCAGGCAUACUUUAUCAUUUACCGAUCUUACAAGCAUCCUGAUGGCGCUCCAAACCCGAUGGCGACUCCCAUACAAAGCAUCAUGCUCAUGUUCCUUGCGUCCAUGAACAGCUUUGGCGACUUGUAUAAUAAUCUGAAGUAUACCCGACAGAGGCUGGUUGGCCAGAUCCUGUUUAUCCUGUACAUGGUGAGCGUUGCUAUUCUUCUCAUCAACAUGUUGAUUGCCAUGAUGGGCAACACAUACCAAAAGAUAGCCGAAAUGAAGAACGAGUGGAUGCGCCAGUGGGCGCGUAUCGUGCUGGUGGUGGAGAGGGGCGUGAGCCCAACCUACCGGCUGGAGCACCUCAAACUCUAUUCGAAGCCGAUGGCGGACGGCACUCCGGCGCUCAUACUGCGCAUUCAGCAGUCGGAUGAAGAAAUGGAAGAAAUGAAGGACAUCAUGGAAAUGAGGAUUCGACACGACCGAAACGUGCGCCGAAGACAGCAGAAGCUCCUGGCGGAAGAGAACCCUGGAAUGCCACUGCCGCAAGACUCUACCACAAGCGUCAGAAAUUCCUGAUGCGGUGUUGUUGAUGGAAUACAGCCGUCCCGCCAUAUGCUGCAAUGUCUGGCUAUACGCUUAUUUCAGUUGGCAUUCGUGGUCAGGUGCCGAACAUAGUUUGUUUCUUCAUGUUGUAAGCGCUCCUGUUAGAUCUGCUUGGGACAGAGUUAGCCACUUGCUAUCGCGUAACGGCACUGCUAGCCUCGAUGCUCCAAUAGUAAACAUUUCCAGGGACAUCUACGUACUUUGGCUCCGAAAAUUCCAGUUCUAAUAAGAAUGUUGGCUUUUCUCCUGUUUUCUUCACAUCAGCGUCAAGUUUGGUAUAUCCCGUCGAAAGGAAGCCCCAAUUUUCCUUCCACAUCCUUGCUCCGCGCCAUUCCAUCUUGAUGCAGUCCACGUGGUUUCGGUCUUGACUUACGUAAUCGACUUCCUUCUUUUCAUCCAUGUUGUCACUGUUGCAUGUUCCGCCUACUAUGUAAUAUCCUAUGCUUUAAAGACGCAGAUAAAAUCAAAAUGAUAAGCGAACCGUUUUGUUGGUAGCUAUUAAACCUUGUUGGUUUAUGAUUCACAUCGGUUCAGUAUUAAUCGAAAUGCAGGCAACUGAAAAGGUUGGUCUUGAUCAAAGUAAGUGAUACGGUAUUAUUUUGGCGGUGCAUAGAGACCUGUAAAACAGAAAAUGUUAGUUAUAUAAGCCGCAACAAUUUGUAAUAGUGAGAAAUACGAAAAGUUUCGCAACAUUUUGUAAUGUGCUUUCUCUUAGUUUCACGCGCAUAUCAACAAAACAUACCUCUGUUGUUCAUAGCCCUAUACUUGUACUCAAGGCCACCGAAAUGAUAAGUAGAGCGCUCAAUCCUCCAUAAAUCUAGAGCCCAUGACUUUGGGAGAAGCCAUGAAUUCAGACAUCAUACUCGUCCCUUAAUUGGUCGGAGCAAGUCAUGUUGCAGAAUUAAACCCCAUAUGCCAUGGCAAUAUACUCCGGACUCCACAUUGUGGUAGUGUGUUCAAGGGCUGGCUCUGGUCUUUAUUGCGCCAUAUUCUAGAAUCCUGAGGUGGAAAAGAAACAACUGUGAGCGUGUAUACACCUUACUUUAGAGGCUACGUUGGCAAGCACCAAUUACGCGUAAAUGUUGCUGUUCAGCGCGGAGGGUUUUCGUAUAAUGGGCUCGUCAGUUUGUGACGGCCAGUUCGACGUGGUAAUGCAAAUCAUGGUCAUGGCAACAGGAACUGCAUAUGAUUUAAGGAUCAUGGUGCGAAGAGUGCUCAGGAAAAAAAGGAAUGCAGGAAUGAACACGAAUUCGAGUCAAAUGUAUUCUACCAAUAUCUGUCAACCUGUGCUGAUGCACGUUGUAGAGAACCGCUGAGACGAAUAAAGAUUAUUUUGCGCAAUAUCGACGCCAAAAGCGUGUGCCCAGUACGGGAGCGUGGACGUGGAAUUGUCUGGCAUGCAGGCAUGUCAAUGGAAGUUAGGUUC